AUGGCGAAAGGGAGGCGAGUGUUUGUGGUAGGGGUGGGAAUGACAAAGUUUGUGAGGCCGGGGGUCAACAAACUGCUGGAUUACCCGCAAAUGGUGUCCGAAGCGGUCACUAACGCCUUAAAUGACUCGCGGCUGCAGUACUCGGACGUGGAGUUGGCGGCCGUCGGCUAUGUAUUCGGCGACUCGACCUGCGGUCAGAAGGCGUUGUACGAGAUCGGGAUGACUGGCAUUCCCAUCGUUAACGUGAACAACAAUUGCUCGACGGGUUCGACGGCUCUGUAUUUGGCCAAAAAUAUGAUCGCCGGCGGUCUAUACGACUGUACGAUAGCCGUGGGCUUCGAGAAGAUGGAGAGGGGAGCGCUCACAUCCAAGUUCAAGGAUCGGAUCAAUCCGAUGCAAUCACACGUCGGCCUCUUCUACGACCUGUACGGCAUGGAAGCGGCGCCCAUCACAGCCCAGAUGUUUGGCGCCGCCGGCAAAGAGCAUAUGCAGAGAUACGGCACGAAAGCCGAGCAUUUUGGCAAAAUUGCGGCCAAAAAUCACAGACAUUCGGUUAACAAUCCGUACUCUCAGUUCCGCGAAGAGCACUCUCUCGAGGAAAUUAUGAAUUCGCCAAAAGUCUACGAUAUUCUGACCCGAUAUCAGUGCUGUCCGACGAGCGAUGGCUCGGCGGCCGCUAUUCUGGCCUCAGAGGACUUUGUCCGGCGACACAAUCUGACAGAACAGGCCGUUGAGAUCGUGUCGAUGCAGAUGACGACAGACACUCCGUCUACUUUUGAGGAGAAAUCUGCCAUAAAAUUGAUUGGUUUUGAUAUGACUAAACUGGCGGCCGAGCGGGCGUUUGCCGAAUCUGGUCUAACGCCCGAUGAUAUACAAGUUAUCGAACUUCACGACUGCUUUUCGACCAAUGAAUUGAUCACUUAUGAGGCGUUGGGUUUGUGUCCCGUCGGCAAAGGCAAGGACUUAGUGGACAGCAAUCAGAAUACUUAUGGCGGCAAAUAUGUGAUUAAUCCGAGCGGUGGUUUACUGAGUAAAGGGCAUCCAUUGGGUGCGACGGGUUUGGCCCAAUGCGCUGAACUCAACUGGCAGUUACGCAAUAUAGCCGGUGCCCGACAAGUGGCCGGCGCUAAGCACGCCCUACAGCACAAUAUAGGUCUCGGCGGAGCCGUUGUGGUCGCCAUUUAUAGACUCGGUUUUCCUCAAAACUCGGCACAAAUUAAAACAUUUGACGAGACGUUCAAAAAAUUGAAAACCAAUCCAGACUUUGAGUUCCAAAAGCUGAGACAUGAAGUGUUCAAAUUCGGGACAUCGGGUUUGGACCGCACGGAGAAACGUGAGGCCAAAAUAGCGCACGCCAUUAGUCUCGGAGCGCCUCGUAAAGGAAAGUAUAAGAACUAUAAACAAUUGAUGGAAGAGAGGAAAGCCAUCAAAACGAGAGAAGACGACGAGAAAGAGCAAAAUAGUCAACAAAUUCAUCACAAAACCAAAAUCUAUAAACAGAAGAAACAGAAGCGCAAUCCUAAUGGUGUCAAAGGUUUUGACUAUCAAAUUGGAAAAUAUCGAAAUGGCGUACAGUUUGUCGAUAAGAAACAAAUGAAAUCAAAAAACAAACGAAAAUAAUUUUUAUUUGUAAAUACCAUUAAAUAAAAUACAAUUCAUGACAA